AUGGCGGUCGACUCGGAGGGCAGCGAGGGCCGCCGGGCGCGCCCGUGCGCGCUGCAGUGCGCGCACAUCGCGCACGAUAUCUUCGCCUACCUGCGUCUGCGCGAGCUCCGCCACCGCGUGCCGCCCCACUUCCUGGCGUCGCAGCACGACAUCAACGCUACCAUGCGCGGCAUCCUCGUCGACUGGCUGGUCGAGGUGGGGGAGGAGUACAAGCUGCAGCGCGAGACGCUGCACCUGUGCGUCAACUACAUCGACCGCUUCCUCACCCACGUCCCCGUCGCCCGCUCCAAGCUCCAGCUCGUCGGGGUCGGCUGCAUGCUCCUCGCGGCAAAGUACGAGGACGUCUCCCCGCCGACGGUCGACGACCUGGUCUACAUCUCGGACAACACGUACACGCGGGACGAGAUCCUCGCGAUGGAGGGCGCCGUCCUCCAGCGCCUCAACUUCGACCUCUCCGCAGUCACCUCGAUCGCCUUCCUGCCCCGCUUCUGCACCCCGCUGCUCGCCGCCGACGCGACGGCGCUCUGCUUCUACCUGUGCGAGCUCACGCUGCCGGAGGUCGGCUUCGUGCAGUUCAUCCCGUCCGAGGUGGCGGCCGCCUCGAUCCACCUCGCGCUCCACACGCUCCGCCUCCCCUCCUGGAGCGCCGACCUCGAGGCGCCCCCCCCCCCCCCCCUCCCCCGCCCCCCCGCCCCCUCUGAACCGCGGCUCCUCGACGCGGCCGUCACCGGCUACUCGCGCGCGCGCCUCGCCGGCUGCGCCUCCGCGCUGUACGACCUCCACCGCACGGCGGACGUCGCCGCCCUGCAAGCCGUCCGCGAGAAGUACAGCAGCCGGCGCUUCUUUGGCGUCUCGACGCUGCAGCCCGCACCGAGCUCGCCUGUCGCGGCGUGA